ACAUCCAUUGGUGGAGGGUUGUUUUGAGAACAGUGUGACAGUGCCUGGCCUGUUGGUGCCCAGUGAGUGCCAGUUGUUAUUACCAGAUGCCAGACAUUGGGAUACCAUAGGUAGAAUACUUGGCCCUGGUCUCAGGGAACUGGGAAGAAGAGAGAUAAACAUGUGAAUCCCAGCUUCAACAGGGUCCUUUGGGGUCCUGGCUUAAAAUGGAUUAAGUGGUAGCACCUGAAAAAGUGGUGAAGCAAGUUUAGUGCCCGGUCAGAGCUAGGAAGUCUUCAUGAACAGACGAAGGAGCGGUUAGUUUGUAGGUGGUUCGGCCUCCUCCCCUGCUCCUGUUUUGGUCCAGCAGAUGAUUAACAAUGCACUCCCUUGUUUUCAGAGGAGAGGCCAUACUUGGCUGACACACAUACUUGACACAUUCCCCUUUCUUACACUUCGUGUUCAUCCCUUACAGAGAAACUGGAGCUUUAGGUCAGAAUCAAAAUGGGCAUCCCUCAGGAUGGAAAGCACAGUCUGGAGUCAACUCCUUGACCCUGGAUGUACCAAAGACACUUGUGUAUGUUUUAGGGUAGAGAAGCAUUGGAUUUCAUCAGUUUCUCAUGAGUCUAGGACCCCAAACUAGUUAAGAACAUGGGCUUGGCAGUAGGCAUUCCCUGAAACACAUGAUCUUGGCCUGGUUUUCCCUCUAAUGUUCCGCGUUGCCACACACUGGAUACUCUUGCGGUGCAUGAGUAGUGUGUCCCAUGUUCCCCACCAAACUGCCCCAUGGCCCUGUGCCCUUUGUCAGCCUGGCCUGCCUGUGGUUGCCAUGGUUCACGGCUUCAGCUGUGGUGGCUGUGCAGUUUCUUGAACUGACCUCACUGAUGUGUGUAAGGACAACAGCCUGAAAGACAUGCACAGGCUGGACAGUCUUUGUUCCAAGUUGGACAUAAAUCCAUGCCCUUAAAGAACUUGGAUCCGGCUACUUUUGGAACCCAGCCAAUGUCAACUUCUAACCCAUGACAUGGUCUUGUCUGAGAAUCACAAACUUGGGAGAAAUCUGGCAGAUUCGUCAAGCCCUAAGCCCUUCCAUCUUGCGUGCACACAAACUGUUUCCAGUCCCUGGAGAUGUUUCCAGGGCCAAACUGUUCCUUCUUUGGCGAGUGAUCCAGUCGCCCUGAACAUCUGUUGACCUCAUCUCCACCUAAACGCUGCGGUCAGCACCCCACGUCCUCCUCCUCCUAUCCAUCUUCGACCACUUUAGUGCCUCAGCCCUCCCUCUCGCCUGGAAGCCUUGCGCCCGCCCCCUCGCGCUGGCCCCAGCUACAGCUUUAAACUCUUCCUUUGUCAUGGCUCCGCCCACUCAGGCACACCCGCUGGGGAAGGUUCUUCGUUUCUCAGGAAAUCUGAGGUCCGGGGUCUGAGUUUACCCCGGCGGAGAUGGACCGUCCAAAACCCAAGGUCUUCCCAGUGGGGCACUGCUGCCCCUCCCUGGGAAUGCGAGCCUCGGAGGCUGGCAGCAGAAGGUUCUCAGUGCCACCCUCCAUCAGCAGGAACUCGGCCAUGGUGAACGAACCCAGAGGGAACGGAGGCCCCGGCCCCCGCUGGGAGGGCAGCAGCAGCGGCAGCGAGAGCUCCAAGGAUAGUUCAAGGUGCUCCACGCCGGGGUUGGACCCCGAGCGAUGCGAGAGACUCCGGGAGAAGAUGAAGCGGAGGAUGGACUCUGGUGACAAGUGGUUCUCCCUCGAGUUCUUCCCUCCCCGAACUGCCCAGGGCGCUGUCAAUCUCAUCUCCAGGUUUGACCGGAUGGGAGCGGGUGGCCCCCUCUUUGUAGACGUGACCUGGCACCCAGCCGGGGAUCCUGGCUCCGACAAGGAGACCUCGUCCAUGGUGAUUGCCAGCACCGCCGUGAACUACUGUGGCCUUGAGACCAUCCUGCACAUGACCUGCUGUCAUCAGAGCCGGGAGGAGAUCACGGGCCACCUGCACAAAGCCAAGCAGCUGGGCCUGAAGAACAUCCUGGCGCUGAGGGGAGACCCCAUAGGUGACCAGUGGGAAGAGGAGGAAGGAGGCUUCAACUAUGCUACGGACUUGGUGAAGCACAUCCGAAACGAGUUUGGUGACUACUUUGACGUCUGUGUGGCAGGUUACCCCAAAGGCCACCCUGAAGCAGAGAGCUUUGAGGCCGAUCUGAAGCACCUGAAGGAGAAGGUGGCUGCGGGAGCCGACUUCAUCAUCACCCAGCUGUUCUUUGAGGCUGACACGUUCUUCCACUUUGUGAAGGCUUGCUCCGAGAUAGGCAUUACCUGCCCCAUCCUCCCCGGCAUCUUCCCUAUUCAGGGCUACCACUCCCUCCGGCAGCUGGUGAAGCUAUCCAAACUGGAGGUGCCACAGCAGAUCAAGGACGUGAUCGAGCCCAUCAAAGACAAUGACGCUGCCAUCCGCAACUAUGGCAUCGAGCAGGCCGUGAGCCUGUGCCAGGAGCUGCUGGCCAGCGGCUUGGUGCCAGGCCUCCACUUCUACACCCUCAACCGCGAGGUGGCCACCAUCGAGGUGCUGAAGCGCCUGGGGCUUUGGAUCGAGGAUCCCAGGCGUCCCCUGCCCUGGGCCCUCAGCGCCCACCCCAAGCGCCGGGAGGAGGAUGUCCGGCCCAUCUUCUGGGCCUCGAGACCAAAGAGUUACAUUUACCGCACACAGGAGUGGGACGAGUUCCCCAACGGCCGCUGGGGCAACUCCUCCUCUCCGGCCUUUGGGGAGCUGAAGGACUACUACCUCUUCUACCUAAAGAGCAAGUCCCCAAAGGAAGAGCUGCUGAAGAUGUGGGGGGCGGAGCUGACCAGUGAGGAAAGCGUCUUCCAAGUCUUUGCCCACUACCUCUCGGGAGAGCCCAACCAGAACGGCUACAAAGUGACUUGCCUGCCCUGGAAUGAUGAGCCCCUGGCGGCCGAGACCAGCCUGAUGAAGGAGGAGCUGCUGAGAGUGAACCGGCGGGGCAUCCUCACCAUCAACUCCCAGCCCAACAUCAACGGGAAGCCGUCCUCUGACCCCAUCGUGGGCUGGGGCCCCAGUGGGGGCUAUGUCUUCCAGAAGGCCUACUUAGAGUUCUUCACUUCCCGAGAGACGGUGGAGGCGCUUCUGCAGGUGCUGAAGAAGUAUGAGCUCCGGGUGAAUUACCACAUCGUGGAUGUGAAGGGUGAAAACAUCACCAACGCCCCUGAGCUGCAGCCCAAUGCGGUCACCUGGGGCAUUUUCCCUGGCCGAGAGAUCAUCCAGCCCACAGUGGUGGACCCUGUCAGCUUCAUGUUCUGGAAGCCUUGGCCUCCACCCUCUGAUACAAUGAUGGCAGCUAGACUGGUGUGAGGCUCUGAGGCUCUGGCUGGACUUGAGUCUGCCCCACACAGGAACCUGGUGUUCCUGCUCAGCUGAGAGUCUGUGCUCUGGUGGGGAGCAGCCCCUUCCACAAGGACCCCAUGGGCAGAACACUGUCCACCCCAAGAAGGGCUGUUGAUAACGGAGCCCCUUGGGGCCAGCCUGGGACUGCCAGUGACCUUGCUCCUGGGGCACCAGGAGAACAGGCAAAGUGAACAUUGCAGCAGGUCCUGUGGGACUGCAAAGGAGACAUGGCAAGGUCAUAGCGCCUCACCCUUCCACCUCCAAGGCAUUGGCAGCCACGUGCCACCCAUUUGGGAAUGAAGAGGCAGCCACUGCCCCGCCUGCCAACUGCCCCAUCAGGCAGUGGCCCCUGGACGACCUUGGACUGAAACCUAAUAGUUUUGGCCUCGUUUUAGCAGAGAGCUCAACUGGGUUUCUCCCCUUUCUACGGUGCUGCUGUUUGAAAGACUUAACCCCAUGAAUCAACAAACUGCCUCUAAAGGCUUAAUGGUGUCUGAACCCCUGUACCCUUGGCCUUCCCAUUUCUCCCCUGGCCCUGAAGGGUGAAAGAAUAUCCUGCCUGUUACCAUCAAGGGUGAAGAUGAGGUUGGCUGAGCCCGACUGAUUUCUUCCUGGCUUAUUUUUCAGGCAGAAGCCCCUCCUCCUGCCAGCUGCUUCCUCCCCUCGGAGCACGCUGUCCAGGAAGCUGUCUGCCUGGCACUGCUCCCCGCUGUCCAGGGGAGCUUGUGACACAAGCACACAGGCUGGUCCCUGUCCCAGUCCCUCUUGUGAGUCUUCACCAGCUCAGGGGCAGGAGAGAGGGGCGCGUGUCCACAGAGCAGCCUGAUGGCAGAGGAAAUGGAUCACGGGCUGGCUGGUGGGGGCGGGCACCCUUUAGGAGUUACAGAGAAGCAGCUGGAGUUAAGGAGGGCGUUUUAUUGUCCUUCAGAGCUCUUGGCCUGGGCGCUCUGUGGCCUGAGCCUGCACUCCGCAGAUGGGUGGAGCUCCGAUUUGUUUUCCUUUCCAUGAGAGCAUGUCACAGCUGCAGCUGGGCCCCCUUCUCCGCCCCAGGUCCACCCAGUGCUGGGGCUCUGGCAGCUUCCGGCCUGCUUCCAGGCCUCCUGAGGCCUGUCUUGCUCCAGGGCCUCAUGCUGCUGCUGGCUCUGGCCCUCAACGCCCCUGGCUGCCAGACACUGGUGCCACUUGUUAAAGGCCUGGAAUCAGGGAGGGAGGAGCUCUUUGGCUCCCUUCCAGGUCUGUGUGGUCAGUACUGGGCCCAGAGCCUUCUGUCCCUGAAGGAAGAGGGGGCCCUUCCCUCUGCCCCAGGCCAAAAGCCCCAGCUCAGGAUACAUGUGAUUUGUGACCAGGGAAGCUGGGCUCUGAGUGCAUGUCAGGAAGGGGUGACGCUCAGCAACCCACAGCCAUCACCAGCUAGUGUGAACAACAGCUGUAUCAUGAGCCAAGCCUAGUCUCCAACCAGUGACUGUAGGACUGGGCGGAGCCCUUGGUCACCAGCUGAAUUAAGGAAUCCAGGUUGUUUUCUC